AUGUUUAGUAAACGAUUUGAUCAAGUGUAUGAAGAUACAAAAAAUAUUUGGCAUUCUCAACAAUAUUCAUUUACAUAUGAAUAUUUUAAACGUUCGCCAUUCUUUCCACCAAUAAGUUUCAUAGUUGAUACUUAUCAUCUUUGUCGUACCAUAGUUUUUUCCAUAAGACGAGCUUGUUGGAAAAAACCAGCGGAUUGUCCUGCAAGAGUAUUCGAAAUAAUUCCUAAAACAAAAAAAUUAAUUAAAGAUUGGCAUGAAUUUGAAGGUGCAACAACAUAUGAAUAUGCUCAUACGGAAGCUAAAGGAUCAAAAUCUACAUCAAUCAAAUCAAAUCAAGAUGCAAAUUUUGAUAAUACUGAAAAUCUCAAAGAUUCAAAUGUUACUAAAAAUGCUUCAAAUAAAUUAACAACUAAUCUACAACAAAUGCAAGAUGAUUUAACAAAAUUAUCUCAAUCAAGCGAAGAAAGUGUACGACAAAUGCAAAAUAAUCUAGCUCAAUUAAAUCAGUCAUUGGAAGAAAUUAAAUUAAAAUUGUCAUCAAAUACUUAA